UUAGGAGGAUCGUUAGAAAGUUUCGCGAGCUGGAGACGAAAAAAGGAGCCGAGAUGAGACUGAAAGAGGGAAGUGGUGAACGUGAUAACAACAACGGUAACAGCAGUAAUGUCGACAAUUAUGACGCCAACACGAACAGUGAUAAGAACUAUAUUUUGAGAAAACAUUUGAUGCCAUUAUGCAUCGACAUUAAGCUUAGUUUGGAUUCAUGUACAACGUAUGCUAAGAUGACGAUAUAG